UUGAACUCCGCUGAGGGAAGGUUUACCUUGUUUCAUUUGCUUGAGUUUCUUUUGCCUAAAAGAUCAAGGACAGUAGCAAAGGAUCUGUCAAAACUCCGGAGAGCGAGGCUAUAUGAAGAUCGAGACACAGUUGUUGCUUUUCCCUCGCAGAAAUGCCAGUGCGUGCUGUGACCACCAGGUUCAUGUACAAGGGACUUUGCACUAUUCCAGAUGUCCUCACCUACCGGACCCCUGUUAACCUGCCUGAGGAUGAGGUGGAAGAGAUCCGUGAGGCUUUCAAAGUAUUUGACAGAGAUGGGAAUGGCUUUAUCUCUAAGCAGGAGCUGGGGAUGGCCAUGCGCUCACUGGGCUACAUGCCCAAUGAGGUGGAGCUGGAGGUUAUCAUCCAAAGACUUGACAUGGAUGGCGAUGGCCAGGUUGGCUUUGAAGAGUUUGUCACAUUACUUGGUCCUAAACUCUCUGCUGCUGGAAUGCCUGACAAGUUCAACGGAGCAGACUUUGACUCAGUGUUUUGGAAGUGCGACAUGCAGAAGCUGACUGUGGAUGAGCUGAAGAGAUUGCUUUAUGAUACUUUCCGUGACCACCUCACUAUGAAAGACAUUGAGAACAUCAUCAUGACUGAGGAGAACCACCUGAACAGUCCAGAGUCCCAUGUGGACAUUGAUACAAGCCCAACACAACAGGAAAAACACACUUGUGUGCGUAAAAGCCUGAUUUGUGCCUUCGCUAUUGCAUUUAUCAUCAGCGUCAUGCUCAUCGCAGCGAAUCAAAUGCUCCGCAGAGGGAUGAAGUAAAUACGCGAUGCCUGCUGGUAACAAACAGAUUUACAGACAGACAGGGAAAAUGCAAAUGUUAACCAAAAUACUUUAUCAUUUUGGGUUUUAUUCACAGCUGACACCCUCGAUGAUGCAAUCAUAGCGUCGCUCUGAUAUGGAUAAAAUGAUGUCAUGCAGUGGUUCUGUGUGACCACUAAUCGUAGUACAGACAAUAGAGUGAAAGGUA